UUCCGGCCACCUCAGCGGGAAGUGGAGACCGGGGCUGGUGUGUGGCGCGGAGGUGGGGCUGAGGCUCUGGUGGCGGCCGAGGACGCGAAGACGACACCGCGGCCGCUGGGCGUCUGCUGAGACCCCGUAGCCCGUGAAGAUGGUGCUGCUGACCAUGAUCGCCCGGGUGGCGGACGGGCUCCCGCUGGCCGCCUCCAUGCAGGAGGACGAGCAGUCUGGCCGGGACCUCCAGCAGUAUCAGAGUCAAGCUAAGCAACUCUUCCGGAAGUUGAAUGAGCAGUCCCCAACCAGGUGUACCUUGGAAGCAGGCGCCAUGACUUUUCACUACAUCAUUGAACAGGGUGUGUGUUACUUGGUUUUGUGUGAAGCUGCCUUCCCUAAGAAGUUGGCUUUUGCUUACCUGGAAGAUUUGCAUUCAGAAUUUGAUGAACAGCAUGGAAAGAAGGUGCCCACAGUGUCUAGACCUUAUUCCUUUAUUGAGUUUGAUACCUUCAUUCAGAAAACCAAGAAGCUCUACAUUGACAGCCGUGCUCGGAGAAACCUGGGCUCCAUCAACACUGAGUUGCAAGAUGUGCAGAGGAUCAUGGUGGCCAACAUUGAAGAAGUGCUGCAGCGGGGAGAAGCACUCUCAGCAUUGGAUUCCAAGGCAAACAAUUUGUCCAGCCUUUCCAAAAAGUACCGGCAGGACGCAAAGUACUUGAACAUGCGUUCCACUUACGCCAAACUUGCAGCUGUGGCUGUGUUUUUCAUCAUGUUAAUAGUGUAUGUGCGGUUCUGGUGGUUGUGAAAUAGUGAAUCCCAUUACUGGUAAGGGAGAACCUAGAACCCGGCACGCACAUGUAUGUUUCAGGAAGCUGAGCUCACAGGGAUGUGAAUUAGGUUCCAAGUGGAGCUUCUUCCUCUCAAAGACCUUGCAAAAAAAGGCAUGUCUUGACAAUGAAAGAUUCCUCCUCGUUUCAUGAAGCUUAACCCUCGCGGAAGUCUCUAUUUGGGACAGAGGCUUUCUCUGGGUGCUAAGCCAUAUAUAUUAGGGAACAGUAGACUGUUUUAUCUUAUUUCUUCCCCCUUCCAGUACAUUUUAAGACACAUUACUGAGUGGGGCAUUCUCAUUCUUGAAUAGAGCCAUCAAUGAGAUUGAAAGGUAGCCAACCUGUGCUAGCAAAUUCUGCAGUUCCUUCAAAGAAGGGAGCCCUGUGUGAAGUUUUUCGACUUGAGUCCACAUUCCUUUUGUCAGUGACAUUUGUGAUUUUCAGUGAUCUGGGGUUUUGAUGGCCUUUGAGAUGAGACUCCCAGGACAUGAAGAUUCAUUGCUGUGCUGCACAGAUUCUGUCAGCCCCUGGGAAAGUUAUCCUUUGUUGUUUUCCUUUAUAUAUAUUUUUUGCUUAUUGCACAAUUGCUUUAGGGUUAAAUAAAUUAUAUUAAGCUACCUUGAAAUUAUAUAGUACUCCUUGACUAAGAAGCUAAACUUUUUUCUCUCAUUUAUUCUUUAAACAAGACAUAAGUUAGUUUGAGACAUUACUGAUCUUAUUUUGCAGUGUUUGGCUUCUAUUAAUAGAAGAGUGGAUAUAACACCAUAGCCAGAGGCCCUCUGGCUUAAGGAGAAGACGGGUCUAGCUCAGAACUCCAGCUGUGUCCUGCUACCCACAACCAGUUUUCCCACUCUUUGUUUUCCUCUUGCCACAGUUUGCUGACAUUUCAGAUAUUCCCCUGGGCCUGAUGCUUUCAUGUCCCGUUAAAUGUCUUCUCAGGAUAUUCUCUCAGUCCAAAGUAAAAAAUUUGUAGCUGGAUAGUUAGUUUAGAACCUUGGCAGAUCAACCAUUCACACUACUAACUGCAUUUAUCUGAGGAAAUCUCUGCACACCGCUCAUUCUUGUUGUGGUUUAUGUCAGUUCUUCAGGAAUAGUCCACAGAUGAGGCGCUCCUUCACAGUGGCUUCUAUUGCCUCAUAAAAGUACAUAGGAGAUUUUCCUUCUUUGCUCAGGGAUAACGGGGUUUCCAAUCUUUUAUUUUCUGAAGUGGGUUUUUUUUUUAAAUGGGGCAAAUAGACCUUUUGGAUAUCACAAAGGUCUAAAGUAUAACCUAUAACUCUGGCACGUGCUGCAAAUGUUUCUCUAAUUGUACAAAAAAAAUUAACCUAACAUCUUCUGAAAGAACUUUAGUAAGCAAUUUUAUAACACUUAAGGGAUCGUGAGAGCUACUGUCCUGAUUCCUAAUGAAGAAAAUCUCUCUGAUUUCCUUACAGCAAAGCAAAUAAAUGCUUAUUCCUGAUAA